AUGUCGGUGCCGUUGUCGACCGUACCAACGAUGGGCCUCGAUAAUUCUGCGAUUAUCGUCACUGGUGCUGUGUUAUUGAUCUCUUCGUUGGCUGCUAUAUUUUUUCUGAAAAACAAGAAGGGCUUCCACCUCUCUAGUUGGCACAAGAAACCCGUCACAUUGGUGGACGAAGAUGUCAAAUAUGCUCUGCCGUUGAUGGAAAAGUCGUUUGUUAAUCAUGAUACGCGAAGAUUCCGCUUUCGACUUCCGUCAGAAAAUCACGUUCUUGGUCUUCCCAUUGGUCAGCAUGUUUAUCUCAGUGCAAAGAUAGAUGGAAAGCUUGUAGUACGGCCGUAUACACCGGUGUCCAGCGACGAUGAUUUUGGAUACGUAGAUCUCAUGAUUAAGGUGUAUUUUCGUGACAUACACCCUAAAUUUCCGGAUGGUGGCAAGAUGAGUCAGCACUUGGAACAAAUGAAGAUUGGAGAUACUAUUGACUUUCGUGGACCAUCGGGAUUAAUAGUCUACAAGGGCUAUGGAAAAUUUGCUAUAAAACCGGACAAAAAAUCUCCACCUAAGGAACGCUUUUUCAAAAGCAUUGGCAUGAUCGCUGGCGGCACCGGCAUAACACCAAUGCUACAGAUAAUCACAGCCAUACUUAAGAACAUUGACGACAAUACUCGAAUCAGUUUACUUUUUGCCAAUCAGUCUGAAGAAGAUAUCCUGUGCAGGAAGGAGCUAGAUGAUCUGGCUUCGAUGCAUAGCGAUAGAUUCACCGUCUGGUAUACUGUUGAUCGUCCCCCGGAAAAUUGGAAGUUUUCCAUAGGAUUUGUGAAUGAUGAAAUGAUCAAGGAGCAUCUCCCACCUCCUUCGGAUGACUCUGCUGUGUUCAUGUGUGGGCCUCCACCAAUGAUCACUUUCGCUUGCAAUCCAAGUCUUGAUAGACUCGGAUAUAGUGCUAACAAUAGAUUCAACUUCUGAUUCGUAGUCCUGUUUGGUCUCAGAAACUCAGUGCAGCCUUACUCAGUGAUUCAAUUCAUCGUUGCAGUUAAAUACUUGUUCACAUUCUGUUUAUAAGGCAUCAC